AUGGAGAACUCGAAACUUUCUCUUGGGGCCGGUCGGCAAUGGAGGUACGAAACAAUUUUCAAUGAUUAUGUUCCUGGAGAUAUCAUGUUAGAUAUAUUUCCUCGGUUACCUUGUGAAUCUGUUUUAGAAUGUAGACGUGUGUGUAAAACGUGGAGAAAUCUUCUCAGACCAGUAGUAGAUUAUAAUCAUAGUAAUUACAAUUAUUUUAUUGAUCGGCACCUCCAUUAUUUUCAUCGUGAACUACAACUUCUAAAACAACCGCUCGAUUAUGACAACCAUUAUGAAGAUGACGCGUACGAUUGUCUUGCGAAUGAUACAGGUGAGAUUAGUUUAGUUUUCACGGGUAAUAGCAUUGAGAAAGAUAAUCGUUCGUCUCUAUAUUACGUAGAAUAUGAUGACAAAUCUUGCAAGAAACUUAUAAGGACAUUCAAUAUCAGCCUUCCUUCUGAAACGCCAUUGAUCACGGUUGGUUCGUGCAAUGGUUUGGUUUGUUUAACGACAAAAAUAAGUAAAAACAUAUGUGGACGUGUUUAUAUUUGUAAUCCCAUCACCCGAGAAUGUGUAGAGCUUCCAAGAUUAUUUGAGAAUAACAAUGAGUAUUGGGAUGCUGGAAUCCGUAUACUCUUUUAUGGAUUUGGUUACGUUCCUUCAACUAGCGAGUACAAGGUUGUCAGAAUCAUCUACAAGUUGAAUUCAGAUAGAGCUUUGUGUGAAGGACAGGUACAAAUAUACACACUUGGUGACCACUUAAAUAGAUGGAGGGAUAAAAGAGAUAUUCCUAGCCCUAGGCGUGUAUACAAAAGUCAUGGUCUCCAUGUUAACGGAGCUCUUCACUGGGAUGUGUUUCCAGGGGAUCGGAUGAUGUCCUUUGAUUUAUUAGACGAGGAUUUCCACUUCAUUGAAUAUCCACCUAAGACGUUACCAUCAGACUGGGGAAGCUUUGUGCUUGCGAACUUAGGAGGACAAUUGUGCGUAUUCUGUUCGAGAGAGACAUCCAUAAGCUGUGCAUCUGAGGUGUGGGUACUGAAUAAGAAGAAUAAACUAACUGAUAUAUCUGAGGCGAAAAAAGUACAAGAGGGUAACUCAUCAUGGACGAGAAAACUUACUGUAUCAAUGAAUUGGGAGAUUAUGCAUCGACCUUUUGCAAUCUUCAAGAAUGGACAAAUAUUGUUGUGGUGCAAAGAGAAAAAUGUCGUUGCUCAUGACCUGAAAAAUUUAACUACAACAGAACUUGGGGAUCUUGGAAUGGCUCGGCCGGAGGAAGAUUCUGCAAAACCAUGGGAGUGGAGAAAUUAUGACAAAGCUGUGGCACACUCCAAUAGCUUUGUUUCGUUGAGACGACUAGGAGAAAAAACUAGUACGAUAUUGGAUAUGAUCACCUAG